AUGGCUACAAAAGACAAACUUAUGAAAUCUUUAGAAGCAUUAAAAGCCUCUCAGACGGCUAGUUCUUCAGAGGAUGCAAUACUUCAUUUCAGAAAAAAGGAAACUGCUGCCUCUGCAAAAGAAAAAAUUGCAUGUUGUACAACUAUAGCUGAUGCAAUAUGUUAUCCUAAUCUCAGGCCUACAGCUGAUUUUCCUAAGCUAUUAGGCCGUGCCAUGGAUACAUUUAUGUUAUGCUGUGAUGAUGAAAACUCUGAUGUUCGUUUAAUGGCUGAUGAAUGUCUUAACCGAACUAUUAAGACAUUAUUGGAUUCCCAUUUUGGACGUCUGUUGGUUGAACUUUUUAAAGAAAUUAAAAAGGAUGGACCUGCACGCAGUCUUCGGGCUGCACUUAGCAGAUUUGGAGAUAUUUGUCAUUUGAUGAGGCCUCAAAAAUGCAGGCCUUAUACUGUUAAUUUGGUACCGGCAUUGGCUAAAAUUUGCCAACGUAAAGAAGAAGAAUCUGUGCAAGAAACUCUUGCUAUUGUGAUGACCAAAGUUAUGCCUGUUUUAGGUCAAUUUACUAGUGACAAAGAGAUUAAAAUGUUGUUAAAAGCAUUUCUUCCAAAUCUUACUGUGAGUUCUGCAAUAGUUCGUCGUUCUGCUGCUACUUCAUUAACUUGCAUUUGUCAGUAUUCAAGGAGGCCUUCCUCAUUCUAUUCAUGGAUGUUAUCAGCUUUAUUUGAAUUGAUUCUGCCUGCUCAAGAUGAAAGGCCUGUAUGUGUUAUACUAGGUGUUCUUUUAUGCUUGCGUCAUCUGGUUCCACAUUUUAGUGCAGCAAUGUGUUCAAAUUCUUUUAAAGGAAAUGUCAAUCUUAUACAGAGUGAAGAGGACCGUGGUGUCACAAAAGAGCAAAUUCUGAAGGUUUAUGAAAUAACUCUUCAUUUUGCUCAACAUCCUGAUCACAAUGUUACUACAGCAACUUUAGAAACUUUAUACCAGCUGCUGAAAAAUGCUCCUAAAGUGUUGCAAUCAGUUCUUGUGUCUUCCUCUGGAAUCACAAAAUCUCUAAUUUAUGUAUCUGAUAUGCCCAAACUGAGCCGAGCUAUGAGUGAAAGUCAAAGCAGUGUCAUGCAGUCAUCUCUGUCGGUUGAUGAAUCUGCUCUUGAAGAUGAUCAUGAUAUUUAUAUUCCAGAAAAUAAAGUUGCUGCUCCAUUGUCAGGUGAUGAAGAUGCAAAAAGUAAUUGUGAUAGUAAUAUCGACAGAUCUCUUAGCUUAGAUGGAGACUUUGAAGAUUUGCCUGAUCACUCUAGAUUAAAAUUUAAACAGAUGUAUGAUGAAACUCUUUUGAUAUCAAAGCCCUCAGGUGCUAAUUUGUAUGGAACCCCUAAGCGAAUACCAUGUCUUAAGAAAGGAGCUAGUGAUGAAAAUAUGGUGGAUACAGAUGAUGAGUUUUGGGAUCGAAAUUCCCCUGCACCUUCACCUGGGCCAUUAUCAAAAAUUGAGUUCAAGAUUGGAAAUAUUGGCAGCUUUACAGAUGUUGAUGUGCCUUUGAAAUAUUGCUGUAGACUUCUUUGUUCAUCUUUCCUAUUGGUUGGAACUCAUGGAUCUCUAAUGCCAGAUAAAAAUGCCAGAGUCAGCGUUAAAUCUCUUGCAUUAGGAUGCUUAAGUAACAUAUUUUUACUAUACCCAUCUGCAUUUUUCUGGACAGUGAAGCAAGUGCAAGAGGAAGCUGAAAAUACAGAUGCUCAAAGGAUCUGGGAUGUUACUUUAUAUGCUAUGCAUGCUGAUCCUCACAUACGGGGACAAGCAGCUGUGAUGAUUGGAAAUUUGCUAGCAAAUGCAUUGAAAGAAUGUGGAGGAUGGUGGUCUAAAUGGAUUAGUGAUUAUAAGAAAAUAGGUGCUCCAGAUUUUCCUACGCUUUUGACACGGCUUACUAGUGUUGUCCAGGAUGAUUCAUCAGUUGCGUCUAAGCUUGGCUUAGUUGGCUUGAAACAAUGUUUGACCUUGAUAUUUAAUUCUAAAGAUGCUGUUGAAAGUUUUCAUAUUCUUGAGACACUGUUAAAUGUCAAGGACAAUUCUUAUUGGUUGUCUAAAGUGGAACUUGCUGAAGUCCUUUCCCGUAUUCCUUUUAAAGUUGUAAAUUUUCUGGAAAGUAAAAGAACUGUUGGAAAAUCAAUUUUAAGGAACAUUUCGUAUCAAGAUAAAGUUUUAAGCGAUGUUUUAAUACCCUUACUUGGUGAUGAAGAUUUUCGUGUUAGGCAAGCAUCUGCAUCUGCUCUUGUAGAAUUAAUACCUAAACUUUACUUUCCUGUUGAUCACCUCAAUAUGGAUCCAAUAAAUGCCAUUGCUGAAGAACAUACUGAUUUGUAUCUUGAUAUGAUUCAUAAAAGGACAUUGCAAACAACACUGCCUCUUGUACAUGCGUCUGUGAAGCCAUUUUCAACUGAGAAUACGUUUGCAUUUGAUAGAAUAGUAGAUGCAUCUUUAUCAAGAAUUAUUAAUCUGCUUGUUACUACCUUACGAAUGUGUACAAACAGAUAUCUCGUGUAUGGAUGCUGUCAUGCUCUGUCUUUACUCUCUGAGAAAUUUCUAGUGACUGUAUUUUCGCAUACAUGGAAUGCAGUAUUUUCAGAUGUGACAAAUGAAUAUGCAUUCACUGAAGUUUUUCGCCAACAUACUCAAGUUCCUGCCAGUAAACCUAUUGAAAUCAGCCUUAAUGAAAAACCAUCUCAGACAUCUGAUUUAUUGUGCCAUCUAAUUUUACUUGUUGAUAACACAUCUUUAUGCCUAGAUCUUGUUGCUCACACUCAUGUUUUACAGUUAGUAGGAAAUUUACUGAGUGGUGUGUGGUAUAAAUUGUUUUUUGAAACCCACAAGAAUAGUAAUAAUUCUCAAGAGUUAAAACCAGAUGGCUAUGUAUUUCCUUUAAUUGAAAAAGUCUUUCUUCAUUUAAUGAGGUUAUUAAAUAUAUUUACUCAUGUUGUGGAAGAACAGUAUCCAAUUUCUAUUGCUAAUAGGCCUGCUUUGCCAUCUUUGCCAAAUGCACCAUCUUUAAGUCCUAUUAAAAGAAAAAAUAAGAUGAAAGAGGAAACGCUUCCUUCUGGAAUUAAUUCAAUAAAGGGUUCUCCCAGCAAAGUUAUUGAUAAAACAGACUCUGAGAAAGAACGUUCUGGAAACAAAAUUCCUGAUGCCUUUGGCCAGUUUCAUACUUUUCCUUUGUACAUGAAAUUGUUUGAAAUUCUCCAGGGAGCUUACGGUAGUUACAAAAUAUCUAUGGAUUUUCAAAGUAGUGAAAAGUUUUGUCAGUUGCUAAAAUGUGGUCUGGAUGUAAUGUCUCAGAUAUUAGAAAUGUCUGAAUCCCAUGAUAUGGUUAAGAAUUCAGAAGAAAUUCUAUGUUACUUAAAAUCUCUAAUGGUCAUGGAGCCUUGUUCAUCUGUACAGUGUGUAAGACAGCUUCUUAAAUGCUUAUUUGGAACAAAUGUCGUAAGUGUGUGCCAAGAUGCAGACUUUACUUUAGGAAUGAAUCGUAAGUUUAGCAGCUCUGGCAGAAUUGCUUCAACCGUUCCUGGGCUUUACCAUACAGUAGUUUCAUAUCCAUAUGGAGAUUUUACUCAUUCUUUAGCAGACAAGACAAUAAAAAGUGUACCAUCAAAUGAAAUUGAUCUUGUCAGUUUCAGGUGUCUUAAUUUUGUGAAACAUGGCAGAAAUAAAUUGCCCGGACUUUUAAAAUCUGGAUCAAAAGGGGAUAAAACUAGUCUUGCUGCUCAUGUUAGACUUUUUGAAGGAGUAGUUAUUCGUGCUCUUCAACAAUAUACUUUGGCUAGUGAUGUUGCUCUUCAGUGCCAGGUCUUAGAUUUACUUGCUCAGUUAGUUCAACUGCGAGUAAAUUAUUGUCUACUUGAUGCUGAUCAGAUCUUUAUUGGUUAUGUUAUCAAGCAGUUUGAUUACAUAGAUGAAGGUCAGAUACGAAAUGCUGAUAUUUUGAUACCAAAAAUCUUCUAUUUUUUAAUAUUGCUCUCUUAUGAGCGAUAUCAUUCAAAGCCUGUAAUAUCAGUCCCGAAAGUUCUUCAAUUGUGUGAUGGUUUAAUUGCUAGUGGACAACCACCAGAAAAAUAUGUUGUUCGUGCUCUGCAACCUGUUGUUGAAGAUUUAUUUCUUGUAAGGACAAUGAACAAAAUGGAUCAAGGCAAAGAAUUAGAUGCACAGCGGGAAGUAAUAGUUUCUACUUUAUUCAAGCUCGUGUAUUACCCACAGGUUUUGGAUUUGUUCUGCAUGGUUGUUCGUCAUAGUCGGCUAGAAGGUGAAGAUAAAUGGCGUAAAACAUCUCGUCAAAUAGUUGAUGUUGUUCUUCCUUUAUUGUCUAGGCAACAGAUUCAAAUAGAAAACCAAGCACAGUUAAAUAUGCUGUAUAAAUUGUUGGAAUCUGUGGCAUCUAAUGUUUUUAGGCCUGUGGAUAUUCUCCUUAAAGCUUUAUUCUCACAACCUAAGGAUUUAAAUGUAUCUCCGAAUAUUCAACGCUGGAUGUGUAUGGUUUUAACUAUUUUGAGAGUUUUGAUUGAUCAAGCAAAUGAGGAAGCUGUUUUAUCUCGUUUGUCUGACAUGGGAAUUUCCAUCAAAAUUCAUAGAUUAGGAUUAUCUCCUUCAUUUCGAUGUGAAAAAGAACAUUCUGGAAAUGAUAUAGUAGACAAUGCUGAAUUAUCACCUGGAACAGCAUUUGCUAGGUUUCUAUUUCAAGUUGUAGGUGUUACAGUGGAGUCGUUGCAUAAUCAAGUUUAUACCUCUAGUGCUAAAGAUUUUGAUGAUCCAUUUUUGUGUCAAGAAACUUCACAAUUGCUAUUGUAUCUUACAUACAUGUUUCAGUCAGGUACCUUCAGAACUGUGACUACAUGUGCUGCAUCCAUUGUAAAAGAAGAAUCUUCUGAACAAAAGAAAGUUUCAAAAUAUAUUUAUUAUUCAAUAUCAGAUAUUGAAAAUAUAUUUUUAAAAUUGACUCCUUUUUACCCUACUGUUGUUAUUCAGUGGUGUAAUAUUUUAACUUUGUUAAAUUCUGAUAAUCGCUCGUUUUGGUCCAAAAUUGUGCAACCAUAUGAAGAAAUGAAAGAAGGAGAACCUGCACCUAUAUCGAUGCAAUCAACUCAUCAUGAAAGGUCUUUUCUUCCUAGUAAUUUGGAAAUGGUUCGAAGAGGAGGAGUUAUAUUACUGUGUGAUUACGUAUGUGAGAACCCUACUGAUGUGGUUCAGAUGACGUGGCUCAUAGUGCAUCAUGUCUGUGAUAUUAUUGAUUUGUGCUCAGAGACAACAGUUCGUGAUUUCAUUAGUGCUAUUCAUAGAAAUCCUGCUGCUAGUGGUCUUUGGAUACAAGCUAUAAUUAAUGCACGUCAUGAAGAUUUAUCUAAGCCUAGUUUCUGGAAACGUGCCGUGAGUUGCUUAAGAAACAUUCACUUGAGUCAGUCUGGAAAACUUCUGAAUCUUCUAGUGGAGCGCUUCUUUGCAACACACCAUCUUCUGAUUGCUACAGCUUGCAACAAGCUAGCCUGCAAAAGAUUAGAAAUUUUAUUAUAUGAUCCAACUGUCAGUCAGCUUUCUGUGCAAGAUAUUGAUAAUAUGAUCAAUGCCGUUAAGUCAUCUGGAAUCAGCAAAAGGCAUGCUGACUUUAUUUUGUUGUGUGAGAAGUUAAGAUCUCUACACUCAGAUGAACCAUCUCCAUCAUCUGAUCAUCCACUGCUACAAUCAUCUAUGCACACUGAAGAAACACAAUUAAACAAAGAUUGGUACCUGAAGUUUGUUAAGGAGGAAUGUUUUAAUCUUCAUUUCCCUCCAAAGCAAUGUGCUCAUCUUCUGAGUCAACUAAAAUAUGAAGAUACAGUUGCCAUAAUGGCAUGUACGGAAUUUCAUUUGUCACUUUUAGAACAGUGUUUGAGUUUAGGUGCACAUCUUAUUUUGUCAUCAGAAAAAUAUGCUUUAUCAAGAUCAGAUGAUCUAUUUGUAGGUGUUACUGAAAGCAGUGGAAGUGCAUUAUAUCGUGCUGCUCAGUAUACAUUGUUGCAACGCUUAGCAGAUUUUGUUACUUUAUUGCCAAGAACUGCAAGGUAUCAACAGCGUUUACACAAAAUAUUUUUAGAGGAUUCUUUCUGGAACUUGCUCUCAUAUUUGGUUCCUGCUACUUAUUGUUAUUUGAAAACUUUAGACUUGGUUCCAGGAAAACACAUAUCCAAUGAAGCUCUCGAAGAUAUCGCUCUGUUGAGCAUUAUCAGUUGUGAAGCAGUUAUUUACAGUGUCCAAUCUGGAAAACGUUUGUCAUUAGACUUGAUGAAAUUAGCGUUGCUUGUUUUGGAUAAAACAUUAAAAAAUAGAGAAAUUGCUUCCGUAUACAGUUUUGAAAGUCAUUUCUCUUGGCUUUGUUCAACCAUAAAUGUGAUACAUCGUUUAGCAGCAUGCUUGGAACAAGUAGGUUCAAAGUCAUAUUUGGUAACACCUUUUGGAUGUGGGGAUAACUUGACGUCAGAACAAACUCAAGCACGAAAUGCCUGCAUUGAAAUUGCUCAACUGAUUGAGUGGUUAGAAAAUUAUAAAGGAUCUCCACUGCAUGUUCCAGAACAAUUGUUCUCGCCUUUCAAAAGUGUUAUCAGAGGUUUAGCAAGGUUACCUGUGGUAAAUAGUUUUGCUAGAACUCCUCCAAUACUUUGGCAACUUGGGUGGUCUCCAGAAUUCUCUGGUGAUCAUAAAACUGCAGUACCUCCUCCUCCUGGGGAGUAUUUGCAGGACAGAGAUGUUUUAAAACAAUACAUAUACAGGAUAAAUCUUCUUGGUUGGAUUUCCCGACAGCAAUUUGAAGAAACGUGGAUGGCUCUACUUGGUGUUCUAAGUGCAACACCCGUAGAUAACAAAAGUAGCAGAGAAGAAGAUGAAGAAAGGAUCAGAACAAGUUGUUUAGCUGUUAAAAGUAUAACAUCUCUGCUUUUACAAACAUUAUUGUUGCCGCAACCAGGAAAUCCUCAAAAUAGUUACUUUCUCAUCCAGCCACGAGACAAACCCUUAGCAUUUCAGCACACUAAGUGUGGGAAAAAACUCAUGUCAGUUAGAAUACCUAUUCAUACAGCAAUACAAAAAGUUCUGCAUUGUGAUAGAAUUGAAGAGCAGAUUUUAAAUGUUAAUGCAGAAAGAGUUGCCGCUCCAUAUCCAUAUUCUUUAAGUCAAGUGUCUUUGGAGUAUCUAAAUGCUGCUAUUGGGCUUGUGGAAGAAAGUGAAGAGCUAGAAGAUGGAUCUGCAUCAUCAAACUCAAGUCCUCUUUCUGCAAUAGGUGGAAUAGUAAGCUUUCAACAAAGAGAACAAUGUUUGUCCAACCUUGGAUUAGACAUUCAUUCAUGUUUGCAUUUUUUACUUGAUUUGUACAGCCAGUGGUUAUCACCUGAAACCCGUCCACCUUUGACAUUACUCACUGAAGUUGUUAAAUCAAUUGUUGCUUUAUCAGACAUAUUUAUGGAAAAAAUACAAUUUGAAUGGAUGUUGGACACAUUUUUAGAAGUGCAAAAAAUUCAUCCUAUAGAAGAUGAAAUAAUAAUGCAGUAUCUGAUCUUUGGAAUUUGUAAAGGUGCUGCUGUUCUUGGAAUUGAGCCUGAUGUUUUAGAUAAACUUAAAAAGCUUCUAGAACUUUGUUUGAAAAGUACAUACCUUCCAACCAAGAUAUCAACCUUGCAUGGACUUCUCUAUGUACUUGAGCAUGGUGGAGGUGAUGAAACUUCCCCUCUGUUACCAAUAGCAACUGAAUAUAUUUUAACUAAUCUUGACGCAUUUGAUGGGACAAAGCUUUGCAGUCAAAAUGAGGAUCAUAUCCUCAUAAUGUGGGCAGUGGCAUUUUAUAUUAUAGAAAAUUAUUUAGAAGAAAUUUCUGAAGAAGAGUUUAGUCAAAAAAUUUAUCAGCUAAGUCUUGCUGUGUGCAGUAAUUCUGAUGAAAGUUCAUCAGUUAUGGUGUAUAUGACAGUGUUGCAUGGUUUGGAGAGAUUGCUUGUUGCAGAAAUUCUUUCUGGAAAAGAGGCAAACCUUUUAUUAAAAUUCACUGCUGACAGAAUCCGAACAGGAGAUCCUGUUCUGUCAUUAGCUGCUUUAGGACUCUUUUUGUCAUGUAUGUAUAUAGGUAAAAGUACAAACAUAUGGUCUAAUGAAUUGGUUCCUGAUACUGCUAAAGGACAGGAAAAAUCACACAUUCAAUCUGGUGGGAGAGAGAUGUAUUCCGAAUUCAUGCUUGUUGCAAUGGAACGGGUUACAACACUAUUUGACAGAAUAAGAAGAGGUUAUCCAUUUGAGGCUGAAGUUAUUUGUGAAAUCCUUCCUGCAUUUCUUAUGGAAUUCUUUCCUGUUCAAGAAAUUCUAAAUAAAAUAAUUACUGAAUUUCUAUCUAGUCAACAACCACACCCACAGUUCAUGGCCAAAGUGAUUUUUGAGGUUUUUCAGUAUCUUCAUAAACAAUCACAAGAAGAAAUCAUCCAUGAAUGGGUUUUGUUAUCAUUAUCAAAUUUUAUGCAGAGAUCUCCUCUAUGUAUGGCAAUAUGGAGCUUGAAUUGUUUCUUCAUAAGUGCGACUAAAAAUUACUGGUUCAAAGCUUUAUUCCCUUAUGUGCAAAACAGAAUGGGGAAAAUGGAGGAACAAGAUAAAAUAUUAUUCUGUACUGCUGGUGUAAAUUUUAGGAAUCAGCUGCAAAAUGAUGAACAGAAACAAGCAUAUUAUAAUAUGGUACAGACUGUUGCUAAGCCAGGAACACCAUAUGCAGAUCUUUUAAGGUGUCUACAAACAUAAAGAUUUUUUAUUAAAGACUUUGUCAGUAUGUGUG